AUGACACUACAGCGUGCCGACCCGCUAGCGGACGAGCUGGCACUUGAAUGGGGGGACGAUACAAUAUACUGCGAAGCGACUUGCGACCCCGGCGAUGUGUUUUACGAAGGAUCGGAAGACGAAGAUUAUGACAGUCCUGCCUCACGAAAACUUCGAUACGAAGCGGCAGGCCAACGAUUUCUUGACGGCAAAGUACCAUUUAUUGUGACAGCGGCCCUCAAAGGCCCCUUUCAAUCAAACUCGACAAACUGGUUGAAUCCGUGGCGAUCAAAGCACAGGACUGCUGGUGCCUCGGCGAUAAUUAGGACCUCACCUGGGAAGUUGGCAAGAUCAGCCAAGGUCAAGCGCAUUUCAACCGUACCAGAGACACUGCAUCCGCCCCAAGACAGUUUAGAAUGUCACCUCCCAAGCCCCGAAAGCCUCAACCAGGCUUCUGAGACCGAAACGCAUCCUUACUUGGAAGAUGACGAGUUGGUCAAGGUUCAGCAAUGGAGGGAUACUGUCAAGUCAGAGGAGGGACAGAGAGAUGAGUUCUGGACGUCCAAAACGCAAACAUCAACAUCUGAGAAAAAGAGAAAGGCAAAUGGUUCUUCGUGGCUGAAACUCUUGGCGAGUAAACGUCAACGAAAAGACGUUAUGGAGUCGGGGCCAGUGGACACUCCAAUACGACACAAGACUCAAGUUCCAACACCGACGACUCCUACGAUGAACAAAUACAUUACAAGUGUCCCUGAUCAUUUGCCGUCAUCGUCCGUUCCAGCAGGACGGUCUUUCCCACAUGUCCGGGACGAGCCUGAUGUUUCGGAAGACGAGUUAUCUCGUGAUGAGACUGCAUCCGAUCAUACUUCUACAGACUCGUCUUCGCCCUUGUCGCAAUUACAACACACUCCAGUUUUGGACCUAGAAGCCAGCUUCCUAUCACAGCGCAGCCCCGAGCAACAAACACCAAGCAAGGCUCUAGUAACUCAACAACGGUCCAUUUCCGAACAUCCGGAUGCAGAGCCACACAGUGCUUUAUCAAACAAAAACAUUACUGGCCCGGAUUUUGAGACACAGGAAGACGAAAGUUUUUGCUUUAAGAUGCGACCAAGGAUCGGUCAAGUCCCUAAAUCGACCUCAGAUGAAGGCGAAUCCAUGGUUGAAGACGACGAAGAAUCUUGGUCUGGGCUAUCAUCCCCCGAUCAGGAUAUGGAUAGUAUUGCUUCUGUAUCCGACCUGGAAGAUAGUACGCCAUUAGAUGAGCCUGUUGAUCCUCAGAUCUCGAACCUGCCCGUGGAUGCAGACUCAUGUAGCACUACAAACCCGUUGCUAUCAACUUCUGGUGGAAACCUCAAUGAAAUCGACCAUCUCCAGGAAUCAGCGGACAGCACUACCGGCUCGUCAUCCUCGGAAACCAGUUCGGCAAGUUCUGAUUCUGGUCUUUCUGACGAAUCUCGUUCCAACUCAACGGCGUCUGUUGCGGGGCCUGUUGACGAACCCCAGCGAGAUCACAACACCCAGGAUGUGGAUAUGCAAGAGGCACCUGAGGACGAGGAGAAUUUAGUUAUUGCCCAGCAUCUGGAGGCUAGUGACACUGACUCAGGGGACGAAUCUGAUGAAGAGGCAGAGGGCGAGCAUAAGAGCGAUGGGUCCAGCAAGGAGAAUACCCCGGACGUCAUAUCACCAUCGGCAACGUCCAACAACAAGACGCCACAAAUUUCAACUGUAGAACAAGUAGCUCAGACAACACCAUCUGAAAUCGGGUCACUGAAACCCCAUAGUUGCAGUAUCCCGUCUGCAACAGCGUGCCCUCCGCAACAGACAUGGACUAGUGGAGGAAACACCACUUUGUCAUGCCCAGCACCAAGCCCUGGGAUUGCCCAAGAGAACAAAAUAGAAGUGAAUCCCACUCACUCAACUCCCAAGACGACAAACACUGGGCGGGAUACUAACUCAAGCCAACAAUGGAAUCACGACGCUUCUCCGACUAUUGUCAAUACUCCUGUACGCGAACAUUCAAAGCAGCAACUAGAUCAAUCGGCUUCCAAGGAACAUACACCAUUUCGUUUCUCCCAACAAAGCCCAUGGGCUCAGCAUGCUAUGCUGUCUCUUGGCUUGACAAAUACGAAGGACCAAGGAUUGAAGCAAGCGGAAACCAAUGUCGCUGUAGUUCCAACCAGUCCAGAGGAGCAAACUCCGUGGACAAAGAAAAUGGCGGACCUACCAGUCAACAUUUCCCAGAAUACACCUAUCACUGAAAAGAAGGAUCAAGAAAUACUUCAUGAUUCUGCUACGCCGGUGAUCGAGGCUAAAGUCAACGCCCAGACACCAGAAGGUUAUGUAGCUUCGACUCCCGUUAUGGCAUUAACACCUCAGCCUCAAUUUUCGGUCAAGUCAUUUGCCUCUUUUAGAUCACUCUCUCCUGAGCGCAGCUCUCGUCGAGCCAAGCGUUCUGUUUUAAAGAAGUCUGGACCUGGCCUUCCUAGCACGCAGGCUAUCUUGGCUUCAGCAACCAAGAAUCCCUGGGAGAGCAACAGCCCUGGGCGCCGUGUCUCCUUCGCCCCAUUACCCAAUUGGCGAGCCUCGGAAUCGAGCAUGCCUACAACUCCUUGCCCUUCUCUUACCAGACGUCAAGGCUCUCCACCACCCGAUGCCCCUAUAUCUGAAUUGCCCACGUCAGAAGGUGAAAAGUUCCAGAAGCACUUCAACGCCGUCUCUCAAGGACCCAUCAUCCGUCACCAUCAGCGUCUCUUGCCAUCAGAGUCACAGCGCACUGUCGGUAGCCCCUUGCCAGGUGCUAUGGCAGAUGCGUUCCUUGCAGCAGACCAGCUACGACAGCCGGCAACUUCUACAGAUCCUACUAAGAGCGAUCAAGAGACCGAAGAGUCGCAAGAUCCGCUUGACAUGGUCGCGGAUAUCAUGCUGGAAGAAUUCGAUUGCCUUGGUGGCACAAACAUCAUGGCGCAAUCGCCCGCAUUGACUCAUGGGCACCAGAGCCCGUGGUAUUAA